AUCGUAGCACGCAGUUUACACCAUUCUUCUAUUUCAGCAAGCCAAUCGGACUUUAAUUUUUGCGUUUUGUUUUUUUUCGUCUCAUCAGAAAAAUGUACGACACUAUCAACAUUGGUCAAAUCGCAGAGGUCGUUAAGCCUGAUCAAAAGAUCGACUUUCGUAAUCCCUUCCAGAUUGCUCCACCAGGUUGGCGGCUUCGUGGUGAAGCAUGGUGGCUUUUACUCUCAGUAUUCGGUAAACCAGAAGGUAAUCCUAGACGGUCACCAGAUCUUAGCCGAACCGAUUCUGAAACUGGUGAAUACCAAUUUGGUCCGGGUCACUUCGAUCCGAUUGAUCAAUCCGGUCGUGAAUUCGUGAAUACCCCCGGUGAAUUUCGAGGUGGAACGGGUACGGUGCAAAUCAUUCGAUAUCAUUCAAGUCCAGUUGGUCCAUAUGACGAACUAAUGAUUGUUCCUGGAAAAUUCAACGUACCCGAGGAACUUGGUGGAGGAUCCAUGUCACAGAUUACCUGCAUAUAUGUAUCCUCGCUCCAAUCAGUUUUUAAUGGAAGAACGCAUUGGAAUGUACCCAAAAAACUAGCACAUUUUGAGUUUAUAGCUGAACCAUGUGGCUCGGUGACUAUCAAAGUUUAUGCCCUCGAAUCCUACACGUUUGCUAGUCUGAAAAAAGGAUCAGAUGUUUGCUUUCAACCAACGUUUGCAUCUAUCCCAUUCUUUUCGACUACCUUUCAUUCCUUUGGUCCGGAAAAUUUGAGAGUACCUUUCAGAACAAGUUAUUUGCCUGUUUGUACUACCAUUGCGCAACCACCUCUUAGAGAAGGUGACCUAACCUUAGGUUCUGUUGGUUCAUCUACUUGGAAGAAAUUUGAGGUUGAUGUAUCGGGUAGAGUUGGAUUACGUAAAGCUGAAGGAAGUUUGAAGUCCUCAAAUGGAUCCAAAAGAUUUGCAGAUGAUGAAAAGUUUCCGGAUUUUAAACCUUACCAAAUCGGAAUUCAUUGGAAAGAUGCUAUAAUCGAUAUAGGAAGACCCACAAUACUUUCAAAAAUCAAAAAGUAAUCCAGGGUUUCAACUAUUGAUCAUCUCCCCAUCAAAGCGUCAUUUGAUGUCACCCAUCAUUCACGUCAUAUCUCUCUAUAAUUCUACAAAGUUAAACACGCAGGGUUCAAAGCCUUUGAAUAAUCGAGUCUCUUACACGAUCUUACAACUCCAUUCAUCAUGUUUUUCCUCAAGUCCAGUUUUAAUAUAUUUUACACGAGUCAUAAGUGAUGAACACUUUCACGAUCAUCAUGGGAUAUUCAUCUGAACGAUUUUUUUUCAAUUCUCAAAGCAUCAUAUUAUCAUCAAAUCUCAAAUCUUGAUCUUUUAUACUCACGUUUCUAUCAGUUAGUUUGCACUCAAAUAUCAUACAAGGAUCAUUUUUCAAAUUACAAGAUGUAUACAAAAAAGUUGUUUACUUCUUUAAUUUAUCAUUAUUUUUCAAUACAAGUACUUCAUACAUUUCCUGGCAUUCUUUGUUUUCGUAUACUCCAUGCGAGAAACUUAUACAUAGUGAGCUGCAUGUCAUG